GCUUUGGCAGCCCCAACCACCCGCGCGAUAAAACCUGUGGCCUUCUUCCUUGCCGGAGACUCUACAACCGCCAAGCAAUCAUCUAAUGGUGGAGGAUGGGGAGAUGGAUUCCGCAACAAGACACUCAAGAGCCCCGCCUUUGGUACCAAUUAUGGCCACAAUGGCGCCACUACUGUGUCUUUCCGCGAGGGCGGAGACUGGGACAAGGUACUGGCUGAUGUAAAAGAGCACAAAGACUCAAACAACGUCUUUGUUACCAUUCAGUUUGGCCACAAUGACCAGAAGGCGAGCAAGGGUAUCAGUGUUGCUCAGUAUACUGAGAACCUCGAGAAAUUUGCCAAAGAAGUUACGGCUGCAGGCGGAACUCCAAUCCUGGUGACGCCGAUUACGCGCCGGAGUUUCAAGGGCGACGAAGUGAAGACUGACCUGGCGGAGCAGGCCGCUGCUACUAUCAAGGCUGCUGAAGCUACAGAGGCCCGCUACAUUGAUCUCAAUGCGGCGUCCAUCAAGUAUGUGAAUGCGAUUGGAGCGGUUGAGGCGGCUAAGUAUAACUUGAAGUCGACUGAUAAUACUCAUCUUAAUGAGCAUGGAAGUGUCGUCUUUGGAAGGCUGGUCAGCGAUUUGUUGGAGGAGAAGUAUGAUGAUAUUGCGGAGUGGACUACCAAGGACGAGGAGUUAUCGCAGUUGAUUAAGGAUGGAAAGCCGGCUUAG